AAAAAAAGUGGGUUAUAAUAAUAAACAAGAAAACCGAUUCGAUUAUCUAAAAAUUGGAUUUGGCUUUUACAUUUUCUCGGCGAUCUGAGGGAGCGUGAGGUUUUGUGCAAAGAAAAACAAUAAAAGAGAAUUGAAAAUCGGAAGGCCAUGGACUUGUCGACUCUCGCUGAGCUUCCGGAGGUGAAUCCAGAAGACCAGCCACAGCAUCAGCAUCAGGAUGGCGGUCGGUCUGUCUCUUCUGCUUUUGCCUCUCGUCCUGAACGCCCUCCGACUCAGACUUCUUCACAAAAAUACUCACCUUUAGAUUGGUUGAGCUAUUUUGACCAUGAGGAGGAUGUCUGCAUUCCAGAUUCAAAUGAUGUAUUUCAUGUGUACGUGGCUGGAAAAGAAGGGCCAGUUGUUUUUUGCCUGCAUGGAGGUGGUUAUUCAGGGCUCUCAUUUGCGUUGUCAGCAAGUAAAAUUAAAGAAAAAGCUCGGGUAGUUGCGAUGGACAUGCGGGGACAUGGAAAGUCAACCUCAGAGAAUGAUCUUGACCUUUCUAUUGAGACUAUGUGUAAUGAUGUUCUGGCUGUUUUGAAAGCAAUGUAUGGAGAUUCCCUUCCAGCAAUUGUGCUUGUUGGUCACAGCAUGGGAGGCUCAGUUGCUGUGCAUGUUGCUGCAAAAAAAGCACUACCUAGCUUGGCCGGGCUGGUUGUUGUUGAUGUUGUGGAGGGAACAGCAAUGGCUUCGUUGAUUCAUAUGCAGAAAAUCCUAUCAAGCAGGAUGCAACAUUUUCCAAGCAUUGAAAAAGCGAUUGAAUGGAGUGUCAGAGGAGGCUCUUUGAGAAACAUUGAAUCUGCUCGUGUAUCAGUACCUACCACAUUAAAGUAUGAUGAUUCAAAGAAAUGUUACACUUAUAGAGCCCGAUUGGAAGAAACGGAACAGUAUUGGAGGGGCUGGUAUGAGGGCCUUUCAGAUAAAUUUCUGUCAAGUCCGGUUCCGAAGCUCCUGCUUUUGGCUGGAACAGAUCGACUGGACAGAUCUCUCACGAUUGGUCAAAUGCAAGGCAAAUUUCAAAUGGUUGUAGUUAGACAUACAGGGCAUGCUAUACAGGAAGAUGUGCCUGAUGAAUUUGCAACUCUGAUACUCAACUUUAUCUCUCGCAACCGUAUAGGCCCACAUGGAGUUGAGAUACCGGGGCUUCUUCGACCUUCCCAAAAGAAACCUUGAAGCUGAUUUUGAAUUCCUAAAUAAUGCUGAUUUUCUCCACAUAGAUAGAUUUAAUGUAUGGAAUUUGUGCUUUGUUCCUGUCUUCCCUUUCAUUUUUCUUGUUUGCUUUUCUUUCUUUGCUUGGGGAUGGUGGACUGGGGGAUAUAGUUAAAUAUGAUGAGGGAGUUUCCUUUUUAGAGCUUUGAUUUCUAUUUUGGCACGCAUUUAUAUGUCCACCUCGAUCUUUGUAUCUUGAAAACCAUGCUAUUUGUCAUCCCUGAGUGCUAGUGGGUUUUAUGUGCUGACAUGUUAAUUUAAUCGGCUGAUAUUAUGGAUUUACUUUUCUAUAUCGAUUUUUAUAUUUUAAAAAUUAAAUAAAGUUAAUUAAUUAUUGUUA